UCAGCUGUUAAAACCGCUGCCUCUGCUCUUUGGAAUCGCCUCUCGAGACUCUCCCAGUGUCCCAGCCUGUGUCCCUCCCGCAGCAGCGGCGGCGGCCCAGGACCAGGACCGCGGGCUCUGAACCAUGUACACUCGCAGCAAAGUGGUGGGCUCCAAGCUUGGCGCCUCCUCUGCUUCCCAGGACGCCAGCGGGUGGCGCGGGGAGCUGGGCCCGUUGCAAAGUCAGAGACAGGGUGUGGAGGCGACCCCUAAGUCCCCUUCGCGGGAGAGCCUGGGCCCCGCAGGCCAGGGGAGCACAGGUGCAUAUACCAUGAUUGCACCAAAUGAAAGCCGGAGACAUCAGAUACAGAGGAUUGCUGCACAAGAACUGUCCAACCUGGAGAAAUGGAAGGAGCAGAAUAGAGCUAAACAGGUGUAUGUGGUGCCAACACUGCUGGGGGGAAGCCAGUCAGAGUCUGAAGUCAGGCAGAAACAACAACUCCAACUGAUGCAAAAUAAAUACCAGCAAAAGCUAAAAAGACAAGAAUCUGUAAGAAUCAGGAAGGAAGCAGAAGAAGCCGAACUCCAAAAAAUGAAGGCAAUUCAAAGAGAAAAGAGCAAUAAGCUAGAGGAGAAAAAGCAACUUCAAGAAAAACUCAGAAGAGAAGCAUUCAGAGAACAUCACCAAUACACAACUGCUGCAUUUUUGAGCAGACUGGACACAGAGUUGCCAAACAAAAGUGCCUGUCAAACUGCUCCUUGUGACCUGCAAUCCUGGACACCGAAACUUCCUGUCCUGCCUACAGAUUACAGCUGGGCUGGUAACCGAGCUUAUAAAGAUUCUCUAAGGGAGAAAGAAAACCAAAGAUUGCAAAAGAUGAAGAUGAAGGAUGAACAGCAGCAGAAGAGAGCUGUGUCUGUGCUGCCUGCUAUGCAGCAGAAGAGUGGGAGGAGACAGAGCCCACCACCAGGCUACUCUAAAUACAGAUCUCCAGCUGGUCAGCCCAGAGGCCACCCCGGCAUUCCCUCUGGGAGCUCCUUCAGAAGCACUGCCAACUCCGCUCCAGUUGAUCCUACACGUAUGCUUUCCCAGAAUAAAUUACGGGAACCUAAGCGACAACAGCAAGAAGAGGAAAGAACCAAAAUCCUUCAAGCUGAGCACAGGAGGGUAAAUAAUGCUUUUCUGGACCGACUCCAAGGCAAAAGUCAACCAGGUGGCCUCGAGCAGUCUGGAGGCUAUUGGAAUACGAAUUGCGGCAACAGCUGGGGUAUAUGAGAAAUACUUACUUCCGUCUGGCUCUCAUCAACUGGCCUUGCAAAACCCCUUGAAAACCCCCUACUACUUCUUCAUGUAGUUUUGAUUAGCUUCACUGGUUUUUUACCUUAACUUCAACUGCCCAUCCACUCAACAGAGUGGUUAGGGAUGGUUGAUUUCUUCAGUCAUUAGUUAUGCAUGUUUGCAGGAGCUGAUUACUGAACUCAUAUUUUAUCUCUACUGCCAGCAAAAUGUUACUUUAUUUUUAUAAUUGGUUUUGCCUCUUAUUAGAAGAAUAAUUAGAGCAAUGUUAGUAAGACAGAAAAAGAGGGAAUCACUUUUUUCAUGUUAGCAAGAGCUAUGGGUGCUUCAGGCUUGUAUCUCUGUAACUUACUAAUGCUUAACUAAAUGCUUUGGGGGUAUUUAAGAUUUCAGUCAAUUCAUUUUCUUAAUCUAGAGUACAAAUAUGACCAAAAGAAAAAAUUUUUUGUAUUCUUUUAACAAAUUUAUAAAUAAAGCUCUACUUCUA